CAUGUCGGCCGCCUUCUACCUCCUCUCCACGCUGGGCGGCUACCUCGUCACCUCGGCGCUGCUGCUGAAAUUCCCGGGUUUGCUCCACCGACCCAAGCGCCACCGGUUCAGAUGCCGGCAUAUCUCGCACCGCGGCGGUGCUGGAGAGAAUCUGGAAAAUACCAUGGCAGCUUUUCACCAUGCAGUUGACAUGGGCACCGAUAUGCUGGAACUUGACUGCCAUUUGACGAAGGAUGAGCAGGUCGUGGUGUCUCAUGACGAGAACCUGAAACGGUCGACAGGCAUGGAUGUCAAUAUAUCUGACCUCAAAUACUCAGAACUGCCACCAUACCUUUGCAGAUUGGAUGUAACUUUUCAAAAAGAGAGCCACUGUGAGGGUGAAGACAAGCACAUCCCCUUGCUCAAGGAGGUGUUUGAGGCCUUUCCGCACACACCAAUCAACAUCGACAUCAAAGUGAACAAUGACACGCUGAUUAAAAAGGUUUCAGAGUUGGUGAACUAUUACAAACGACAAAACUUGACAGUUUGGGGCAGCGUCAAUCAUAAGGUUGUGGAAAAGUGUCACAAAGAGAAUGCCCACAUUCCUAUCCUCUUCUGCUUGCGGCGUGUCCUCCUGCUCCUCGGCCUGUUCUACACCGGUCUCCUGCCAUUCUUUCCCAUCCUAGAGGAGUUCUUGGAGAUUCCUAUGCCUUCCAUCAUCCUCAAGUUGAAAGACUCGGAGAAGAUCUCAAGGACCCAGCGGUUUACCAUAUGGCUUACCGACACAUUGCUAAUGAGGAAAGCUUUAUUUGACCACCUCACUGCUCGAGGAAUUCAGGUCUACAUCUGGGUACUCAAUGAAGAACAAGAAUACAAGCGAGCGUUUGAUUUGGGAGCAACAGGUGUGAUGACAGACUACCCCACAAAGCUGAAGAACUUUUUACACGCUUACGCCGCGUAAAACGAAACAAGGAUAGUUCUGACAAAGAGGGGGCGAAAUGGACGAAAACAAGCCAAGGAGACCCCUCCGUUCUACCUGAACCUUUCAGCGACGCAUUCACUCAAUAAUGGCCACCGGACGUAAAACAGCUGGGUUUUAUUACCUCAUUCUUAAGUCAUUACACCUCUAGAGAUUGUAUACAGCUAUAUUUAUUUACAAUUUUAAACGGCAUAGUUUACAUUUUAUUUUUUAUUUCUUUGUUUGUAAAUAGCUUGGUUAGUGGCCGUACACUAAUCUAAUAGACGUGUCUAGGAAAAGGCCGGCUGACAGGGUAGCUUGUAGAAGCAAUAGACGUAAUUCACCGCGGCUUUCCCCAUCGUGGUGCCCUGCAGAUAUGUUGGACUACAACUCCCAUCAUGGCCAGGCGGUGUGGUCCUGCCCAUCUGGAGGGUUAGGGAAGGCUCGUUUACUGUUAUCUGUCGCUAGAUCUUGUAGCUCAGAUUUCACCAAGUUUGCACAUGGAAAACAUUCCCCCCCCCCUCCAAAAUGCAUCGAACAUGUAAAUAUUCCUGGUAGACUGGCUAAUGGGACUGAAAAUUACCUGGUCAUUUCAGGUAGCUUAACAAGACACGAAGGGGAAAGAACAGGAGCAGGAAAGGUAGACAGGCAAUUGGCAAAGAGCUGGAGCACCCUCCCUGUGAAGUGUACAGUCUCCGCUCAAUAAGGACUCCUCACUGCCAGACCCAUUGAGAAGGGAGCGAUAGGUUGAAACCCCACUGCUACUCCCUCCUCUGCCCCCCAUCGCAGCAGGCAGCAAGCUCCAUUUAAACACAGUCCGCGGCCCCUCUGCGUCCCUUCCUUGCCGCUGUGGCCAUCACUGGGUGUGGCAGAUUUUAAGCCAGUGAGCUCCGAUGGCCGGUCCCUAGUUGCAGCUCAUGGAGGUAGCCGUUUUGUGUGGCUCUGUGUAUGUGUUUUUGACCAAAAGUGGACCGUAAAACUUAACGCGUAGUGCUGCUGUUCGUUGUAUCGAUGUCGGGAUCUUCAGGACAGUUCGCUGCACAAGGCUGCUACAGCUGUGACCUACUGACGUCUUCAGUUGGAAGGGUUUUCAAGGAGGGUCCUCAGCCAUGAGCUGUGAACGGAAAAUUGGUGGUAAUUCCGGAGCAGAAGAGCUUAAGGGCUUGCAACCUUUUAUUUUGCACAAUUCAGAACGUAGAAGGACUUCUAGGUCUCAGAUUCCAGACCUGCAUGCCUCUUAAACCUAACGAUUCUUAACAAGAUUGUCAGUACUAAUUUUUUAAAAAAAAUAAUCAUUGGUGUAUCUAGAAAUACCUCUGUGCAUUUCUGCUGCUGAUGGAAUACUGCCACUUCGGUAGGAGAGCUCAAGAAAGAAUUUCUGGAGCAAGUGUUGAAUCAAGAUGAAAACGCCUACCCUGCAUGUGCAGGCAUUCUUCUGGGUCUCCCUCCCUUCCAUGAGGAUGUUUUCUGACUUGCAGUCAGCUGGAGAGAAAAAAAAAAAGGCAUCCGGUUUAAUUAAAGCCUUUUAAAAUGACGGGGCAAGGAAGGUACGAAGAGAGCCAGUGUGGUGUAGGGAACAGCGUGUGGCAUUUGGACCCGAGUUCAAAUUCCUGCUUGAUUUUGCAUUUUUAAAACUUACUGGGAAAGCUUAGGGCAGUCAGUCCCCCAGUCUAGCCUACCUCACAGGGCUGUUGUGAGGCUAACACAGGGCAUUAAAAAACGAAACACCUGGCUACACCAUCCUGAACUCCUUGGAGAGACUUGAUACAAAUGUGACUUUAAAAAGACUUAAAACUGGACAAAAGUCUCCUUUAGAAACUGUAGAAUGUACAUACCGAAGUAUGCUAUGUAGUAUCUCCUCUAAGUUUAGCUUACACUGUACUGUGAGGUAAUGUAGCAGUCUCUGGGUCAGAGAAUUAAAAAAA